AUGACAAAUCACCUAUUUGUAUUCCUGGUCGUUCUAAUAUUUUCCACUUCUCUCAACCGGGGAGAAAAGUUAAAGGCGAACAAUAGACGCGCGUCCGGUUUGGUGCCGUAUCCCAGGAUCGGUAGAAACUCCGACAUGGCAGGAUUCUCGAGACUAGAUCGCGCCUCGGGCCUGGUGAAUUUUCCCAGAGUCGGCCGCUCCGAGAUGCCGAUUUCUAAUAUCAAUUUCAACCGUUACCGUGACAUGGAACCCGACGCGGAGUUUCAAUUUUAUAACGAGCACGACACGGACCUCGACCAUGCCGAGGACCAGGACUUCGAAGGAUACGCCAGAAGAUCGAUGAACGUAAAGAACAAAAAUCUGAAGGAUGCAGCCUGGCUGAUCCCCGAUCGUCUACGUAUGAAGGAGUAUCGCUCAGCGCAGAAGAUCGACGAUACCAGAUCGCUAUUCCCCAACACUCAAGAACUGCGCUCGUCACCAAGUGCCUUUGGCGACGCCGAAUCCGUGUGA